AUGGAAGCCUUGGCCUGUGCAUUCUCUGAGCUGCGCAUAAGAGAAGAUGCAGUGAGCUGGGCCCAGGGACACCCUAGCCACCCCGACACGCCUCCCCACAUCUAUGAGGGGGGACUGGGGACCCAGCAGGAGCAGUGCCCAGGUGCUCCGGGGAGCAAGCCCAAGAACUUCCGGCUGCGCCACCUCCGGGACCUGGCCCACUACCUGCCCGCCCACAUGCAGCCUGCUGGCCAGUGUGAGGGCCACUGGCUGGGCCGGCUCCUGGCCGGGGACUGCCUCCCACAGCCCGAAGGCAUGGCCUGGCCCCAGGGGACUCUGCGCUCAGGUAACAGCCAGUACCCAGCCCUCCUGGAAGCCCGGCUGCUCAGGGACAGCCUAGGAAGUACAGCCUCCAGCUCUGACACGGACCAAGCCAAGGGUGUCCCCUCCCAGCCCAGUGCCCCUGAGGGCUUGGGGCCCAGACCCAAGAGGUCUUGGGGAGCCUUGAAGGAGUCCACCUGUCCCUUGUGCAAGAAAACCCGCUCGGGGGCCUUGGAGAAGUCCUAA